CCUCUGCAUGCAUUUGCACAAUGUACCAGCACUGGACUCUGCUCUAGCAUAUGCUUCAUCACAUCAAGCCAUCAUAACACUGACAGAUAUAUCCUCCGGCAGCUUCCAUUGGCCCGCCUUACGGCAGAGAAGACUUCAUUUCAAUGCUGCAAACAUACUAUCCAAGAGGCAACAGCCACACACCAGACAUUGGUGUCAAUGCUGCUCAAGAUACUUGGAUUAUGAACAGCCAACUUCUCCGGGGCAGUUAUAGUCCAUCACCGCUUCGCAGUCAUGAGCUUUCGCAGAUUACAGCUAGAAGAGAGCCAGCCACUCCAAAGCGACUUGCAGGAAAAGAGCAGCGAGAGGUGAACCCUCGCGACAGUCCGUCCUGGACAGUCCUGAAUAUAGCAUCCUCGGGAACAGACACCGAACCCGAGGAGGAUGAGCUGCGUAUGGAUGCGGACGACGCAGUCACGACCCUCAUCGGGGUUCCGCCGUCGUUCUCCAAGUUUUCACAAACAUCAUUCGCUAAUGCACGCCGGGAGUCGCACAGCUUGCAAGCCAGUCCGAGCAUUCGGAAACCCGGGAGAAGCCGAGAGCGCACUGUGGCUUCGCAGAAUCAAGGAAACAGUAACAUGCCGACAUGUCCCGCAAGAGGAGGUGUCUUUGACGGUGUCGUCGUCAUCGAUGCCCAUACUUCGCAUGCGCCAAGGACGGAACGUAGCCAUGACUCACUCGACAAAGGCAACGCGCCAGCUUCCGGGCCUGCUCAGAAGCGCAAUGAAUCUCUCGAUCUCGCAUCCGCGCUCACCUCAGCCUUCGCCCACAACAGCACCGUCAUUGCCGAAUCUUCAAAAUCCCCUCGCGCGUCCGAAUCCUUAAAUGGCCAAAAGGGCGUUCUCCUUGCCGAGCUUCGCGAGACCUCUUCUGUCACCGAUAGCGCGGCCCUCCGGGAGCGAAAUCUCGUCAAGGCCGCCAAAGCGGGCGAUCAACUUGUGUCCCGGCAUGUGCUAACCCUGGACGAGCUUUUGGAAACACGAGAAGCACCAAUUGCCAUCCUACGGGAAUAUGCACUACCGCAUAGGCCAACGACAGAGUCCAUGUGGUGUCAGACACGCUUUGUGCUGCAUGAAGUCAAGGCUGCUGGAAAGUCUAAGCAGAGAAGCUCACGCAGGGCAUACACGAUGCCACGCUACUCUAAGUUAGCUAACUUCAAAGAGAAAUUGGACUCACAUCUUGGUCCCGGGGACUUGAACCGAGGCUUAACAAAAAGGCCGAGACCGAAAGACGAGAGCGAGGCGAGUCAUUCACUCCUGUCCGAUACAAGCAUCCCGACAGACUAUGGUCGAGGUGUGAAGAGG